CUGCCUCUGAUCCUGAUAUGCUUCAUUUCAAACACCCUGGUGUUUAGCAUCCAUCAUCAAUCAGCCAUCAUCUAGCUCUGGCAAAUCGCAUGGCAAACAGCCUCAACAUAAAGACCACGGAAACACUGUCUGUUUAUAUCCACCUGUUUAUACAUCCCUCUCAUCCAAACAGACAAUCCCAGACAAGAUGAACUCUCCUAUAUCAACCGUAGCCAUCUCCCCUUCCAUCUCUCCUCUCUUCCCUCUCCAUCUCCCUGGCCCUCACCCUCUCCUCUCCUCUCCUCUCCGCUUUCCUCCCCCUAGUCAAGCCAAGCCGUGACAUCAUCUCGCAUCUCAGAUCAUCUUCCACCAUGUUCUUCCGCCGCACCUCCAAAUCAGACAAGGACGACUUCCCCUACGCCUGGUACUACCAGGGGAAGCCAAUCCGCAAGGGCCAGAAACCCGGAGAAAAGAUCCGCCCCGUAUGUCCUGUAGGCCAUGCUCCUGCUCUGGGGGAUCCAUCUGGACCACACGACGUGCGACGGGAAUCGACCAGGCCACAUUCGCGUAGGGUCCACGGCCACGAUCAUGGUCAUAGGCAUGCCACGGAGUCUGAAGCGCCUCUUCUCCAAGAGGGGAAUCGUCAAAUUCAGUCGUUUCGGCAGACGGAUUUCUACUCGGCCACUUCUACGUCCGCGUCUACCGCGGAAUCCAGCUCUUUGGCUCGUCGCGCGAGUCCCGACUUCUACGAUGAGGUGGAGCUAGAGGUCUCGUCCUCGUCUGGGAGCGAGCAGGAGGAUUUCUGCGCUCGUCAGUGCCAGUGCCUCUCGCGACAGGAGCCUCGUCCGGUAGCUGCCCCUGCUGCAGGCGGCUAUCGUCCCCAUCCAGAGAACCAUGUCUCAGAUCACCCAUCCGCAGGAUAUCAUCCCCCGACUAACCGCCGUCACCCGCAGGCACAGGCACAGGCACAGGUGCAAGUGCAGACACACGACCCGGUGCGUGCGUCGCCCGCGCCAUACGAAGCGACGGCUCCUCGCGCGGAGACUCUAUCGCUGCCGAUUCGCUCCCAGCGUGCCCGGCACCCUGGGAAGUCUGGACGACGUCGUGAUGCCGGGGCGUCUCGCCGAGAGAACUACCCCCUUCCUCAGCCGCAGCCGCAGCUGCAUGCGCAGGUUAGACGGCACGAGUCAGUCUACGUCGAGAACCCUGCGCGACCGGCGCGUGCGCAGCGGGAGCAGCCUCAGCCCCGUCGUUCGCCAGAGCAAGCCGAAUCGCGACCUCCUCGUGGGGAGCGCUAUCGGCGACCCCGUCCUGUGGAUGAGGGCGAUGACAUUUCUGUUCGGAGAGAGGGUCAGCGGUUGUCGUGGAAUAGGGAACCGGUCGGAAUGUGCCAGUGUGAGAUUUGUCGGGUCGAUGCUUAUUCCUGAUGUGUGGAUGAGAUCGAUUCCUAGUUAUUGGCGAUGCCUGUUAUGAGUGAUGAGUGAUGCAUGUUAUGAUAA